AUGGCGUGUUUGGGAUGGGAGGAAGGGGGUGGCGCGUGGGCUCAUAUUCAUGAUAGGUGGAAAUGGUUGCCAGACCCUUCUCAAGGCUAUUCCGUCUGUGGGGCUUAUCAGUUCCUCACGUCUGCGGAUGCUCCUUUGGAUCGGGAGUGUACUGAUAAUGUAUGGCAUAAUCUUAUUCCUUUAAAGGUUUCCUUGUUCGUGUGGCGCCUUCUUCGCAGCCGUCUUGCAACCAGAGACAACCUGGUGAGACGGAGGGUGAUUAGUGACGAGUUGAUCAUGUGUCCAGCUGGCUGCGGUUUCCGUGAGGAGGCCGACCAUUUGUUUCUGGGCUGCGCUACUUUGAGCAGUGUGUGGUCUCUUGUGUGGCAUUGGCUGCAGAUCUCUUCGGUUUAUUCUUGUGUGAUCCGUGACCAUUUUCAUCACUUUUGUCGUAUGGCGGGUAUGCCGCGAUCAUCGCACUCAUUCUUUAAGGUUAUCUCGUUUGCUUGCGUUUGGAACACUUGGAAGGAAAGGAACAACAGAAUGUUCAACAACAAGGCAUCUGAUCCCAAUACCAUCUUGGACAAUGUUAAGCUGACAUCUUUCCUGUGGUUAAAGGCUCAUUUGCCUUCCUUUGUUUUUGCUUUUCAGGAUUGGCGGCGACACACGCUCCUUUGUAUGGGUGUUGUUAAUUUACUAUUUCAUGUUUGCUCUUUUGUUCUUUGA